AUAUGGUGGCUAAAUUGCUUGAUCUUCAGUUUCUGUUUAGUUUCUUUGGUUAUUCGGACUUGAAAACCAGAAAAAAAUCAUGGGAAUUAAGUCUUUUCUUGCUCGGAGAAAGAAAUCAUCGUCAAAGUCGCAGUCGCCUGCAGGGUCAAGCCAUGGAAAUCAAGAAAACCCUUUUCAAUCUGGGCCGGUUUCGUUCACACAGGCGAGGAAUCAGAUCGAGGAGCUUGAGAAUGUUUUCAAGAAAUUCGAUGUGAAUGGGGAUGGGAAGAUUUCUUCGUCUGAACUGGGUGCGAUCAUGGGGAGUCUUGGGCAUCCUACGACGGAGGAGGAAUUGGAGAAGAUGAUUAAGGAGGUUGAUUCGGAUGGAGAUGGGCACAUUGAUCUGAAUGAGUUUAUUGAGUUAAACACGCAAGGGGUUGAUACUGUGAAGGUUCUUGAGGAUUUGAGGAAUGCUUUCUUGAUAUAUGAUAUUGAUCGAAACGGGUCGAUUUCACCUGAGGAAUUGCAGACUGUGUUGAGGAGCUUGGGGGAAGAGACUUCGCUUGCAGAUUGUAGGAAGAUGAUUAGUGGGGUCGAUUGUGAUGGUGAUGGAUUGAUCAAUUUCGAAGAAUUCAAGAUUAUGAUGACUGGUUCUAGUUAGGAUUCUUCUUUCGAAUAAACUGCGGCUAUCUCUCUGCAAACAGUAAUGGUGAAGAACGAUGGCUGAAACUUGAAUGCUGUUCUUCCUCUGGUCUCUCCUUCUCUUGAUUUCCUUUGCUUCUUAGGGUUAGAAAUCUCUGGGUUGGAAGGAACUUACAUUCUCUGGGUGGUUAAAUGUAUAUAUGCAGCUCUGCUCUUCUUUUCUUUCUUGCUUUUUAAUAGCAUUCAAGAAUCUUCUUUUUUCUGUUUUUCAUUUUCCUGUUGGGUUGAUUUGAGGAUCCGGGUAGAGACGAAUUGAGUAUAUCAUUAGUUAGGCAUUACUGAAAUUUUUAACUUUCUGAUUCAUAUAUGAACAAUGAUCUUUUCCAAGUC